AUCACCACUCUCUGACUAACACCCUGGACAGAAGCAUACCUCUGUCUUAUACCUCAUAUCUCUGUGUGUCUCUGCUCUGUAGCUACAUAUCUCUCUGUGUGUCUUUGCUCUGUAGCUACAUAUCUCUCUGUGUGUCUUUGCUCUGUAGCUACAUAUCUCUCUGUGUGUCUCUGCUCUGUAGCUACAUAUCUCUCUGUGUGUACAGCAUUCUUUCUGAUUCUACCCAUUUCUGUUUUCAUCCAUCACUACCACAACUUUUUCCUCUCAGUUGCCUUUCUCUAUUCUCUCUGUCACUCUCUCUCUUCCACUCUCUCUCAUUGUAAUAGUCUACAUUCACCUCUGCUACCUGUGGUCUCACUAUGAGUGGUAAUCUGUGGACGGAGGAGCAGUUCAACUGUCCUGUGUGCCUGGACCUCCCCAAUGAGCCAGUCACCAUCCCGUGUGGCCACAGCUACUGCAUGGGCUGCAUCAAGGACUACUGGAGCAAGGACAACCCUCGCUCCCCUGGAGUCUACAGCUGCCCCCAGUGCCGCCAGACAUUUUGUCCCAAGCCCUCCUUGUCCAGGAACACCAUGCUGGCAGAGGCCGUGGAGCAGCUCCGCAAGGGGGCCCUCACCACCUCCGCCAGGGAGUCCAUCCGGAGCGCCCACCGUGCCAACACCAUGGGUAGAGCCAAGGGAGGUUCCCGUGGUGGUGGUGUCAGCAGGCUGCCAGCCAUGGCCGUGCCCUGUGACAUGUGCCACGGCGCUGGAGACCAGCAGGCUGCAGUGAAGUCUUGCCUGGUGUGUAUGGCGUCCUACUGCGAGGCCCACCUGAAACCGCAUCAGACGAAAGCGGAGUUGAAAAAGCAUGAGCUGAUUGCGCCCACGGGCAAGCUGGCGCAGAAGAUCUGUACCGAGCACAAGUACCUGCAGGAGUUCUACUGUCGUCAGUGCCAGAUGUUUGUGUGCUGGCUGUGCACCAGUAACCAGCACAAGGACCAUGAGACCACCUCCACCAAGGCAGAGCGCACGGAGAGACAGAAAGAGCUGGCUGAGGUGCAGACAGAGAAUCAUCAGAGACUGAAAGAAAGAGAAGGAGAGCUGAAAGACAUGAAGAAGAUGCUGGAGGCAACAAAGCGCUCAGCAGACAGGGUACAUGAUGACACAGAGACGGUGCUGUCGGAGCUCCAGCGCUCAGUGGAGAGGCUCCAGGAGCUGGUGGAGGGUGUGAUGAACCAGGCUGGGCAGGAGAAAGUAAGCGAGGCCCAGGACGUGGUGGACAAGCUGGAGGCUGAGAUCUCGGAGCUGAAGAGGAGAGACAAGGACAUGAAGGAGGUGUUCCGCUGUGAAGACAACAUCCACUUCCUGGAGACCUGUGAGUCUCUGUGCAGCCCGUUUGAGUGUAAUGAUCUGUCGUGUGUGGUGGCCAAUCCAGAGGCUACGUUUGAGCCUGUACGUGAAGCCAUCCUGAACCUACGGGAGAGAGUGGAGGACAUGUGCAACGUGGAACUGGGCAAGAUCACCAAGACAGUGAAUGACACAACACUGUUCACCUUAGGAGACAAAGCAAAAAAAAAUGGUGUCCAGAAGACGGGAGGGUUCAGGAGUUUGUUUUCUGGUCUGGGAUCCAAACCAACAACAACAAACAACAACCGCCCUGCAGCUCCCACACCGACUGUCUCCGUGGCGGUUCGAGGUCCUAACUCACGUGGUGUAGGCCUGCACUCUCAGGAUGUUAGGAGCAGAGAGGAACCACGAGCUGACAGAGACAGGCCGAGGAGAGAGGAGAGAGAACCAGCCAGAGAGGCAGCCCCGAGACCAAGCACCAGAUCUAGUCCCACUCAGAGGCGGAAAAAGCCAGCCAAAAAUAGCCCUACCCAAAGUCGAAGAGAGACGCGCAGACGCAGUCCCAGUCCCACUCGAAGUCGUAGAGAGCCAGCCAGUCCCAGUCCCACUCCAAGUCGUAGAGAGCCAGCCAGUCCCAGCCCCACUCCAAGUCGUAGAGAGCCAGCCAGUCCCAGCCCCACUCCAAGUCGUAGAGAGCCAGCCAGACCCAGCCCUACGCCCAGCCGGAGAGAGACACCCAGACCAGAACCCACCACCACCCCUACCCCCGGUGCUGUUACCCAAGCCACCCCAGCCUCAGGAGCUUUCAGCCGGAUGGGAUCCAUAGCAAGUCUCUUCCGCUCCCAUCGACGUGCCACACCGGCACCUGGGCCAGUCAGCAACAACUCUGGUGGAGUUAACCCAUGGGGGAUGGGUGCACUGACUGAAUCCCAACCGGAAGUGAAUACCAGCCUUUUCCUGGAUCCGCCGACCCCUGACCCCAUCAUGAAUCAGAUGCCAGCUUUCCCUGCAUUGAGGAGAUAGACAUCUCCAGCAUCCAGGCCCCAGAGCCCAGGAGCAGAGAGGAGUUCCUGCAGUAUGCCUGUACCCUGACCCUAGACACGAGGACAGCCCACCGGCGUCUGACCCUGUCGGAGGGCAACACCAAGGCCACCCUACAGGGGGCAGGGCAGCCCUACCCAGACUGCCCCCAACGCUUCGACGGCUGGACCCAGGUGCUGUGCCAGGCCCCCCUUUCCGCCCAGCGAUGUUACUGGGAGGUGGAUUGGAGGGGGAAGGGGUCAUCAAUGGGCGUGGCUUAUGGAGCCCUGAGCAGGAAGGGGGCGGACGCCAGGGCGGGGCUUGGCUACAACGCCCAAUCAUGGAGCCUGGAGCUGUCGGAUACGUGUUGCACGGCAAUGCAUGACAAUGAGAAGAGGGACAU